GAGUUUGCUUAAACCUAUAUGAAGAACCUGGCCUCCUCCUCCAUGUGACAACAUGGGCGUGGACCCCGCACCCAUAUUCCUUCACAUGACACACACUUUCCUCACCCGCCCCCUUAUAAAUACCCUCCUCCCUCCAUGGCCAACUAAAAAGAAAAGGAGGAGGUAAAAUAAAAGAGAGAAGCAUUCAUUUUCAAUGGCUUCUCAUCCAUUUUUUUCAACCUUUCUAUUCUCUCUCUGUAUUCUUCGAUCCAUUUCAGGUGGGAAUUCAGCAACGUUCACAAUUACAAACAAGUGCAGCAACACAAUUUGGCCGGGGAUUCUAUCAAAUGCUGGGACGGACCAGCUUACCACCACCGGCUUCGCUCUCAACUCCGGGGAGUCCAACACGUUCUCCGUCCCCACCUCCUGGUCGGGUCGUUUAUGGGGGCGGACUCUCUGCUCCCAAGACUCGACCACGGGCAAGUUCACGUGCCUAACUGGCGACUGUGGAUCAUCAGCGGUCGAAUGCGCCGGUGGUGGAGCGGCCCCGCCAGCGACUCUAGCCGAAUUCACGCUGAACGGGGCUGGCGGGCUAGACUUCUACGACGUCAGCUUGGUCGACGGUUAUAACCUCCCCAUGACGGUGGUGCCUGAGGAUGGGACCGGAGGGAACUGCACGACCACCGGGUGCGUGGUGGACUUGAACGCCGGGUGUCCGUCGGAGCUCAAGGUGACGGCGAGUGACGAGGGCUUGGCGUGUAAAAGCGCGUGUGAGGCGUUUGGGGACCCACAGUACUGUUGUAGUGGGGCCUACGCGACACCAGACACAUGUAAACCCAGUUCUUAUUCGCAGUUUUUUAAGAAUGCGUGCCCGAAAGCUUAUAGCUAUGCUUAUGAUGACGGCACCAGCACCUUCACUUGCGCCUCCGCCAAUUAUCUCAUCACUUUCUGUCCUUCCCCUUCCACCAGGUACCGUCUUCACUCUUCUUUUAUUUAUUUUGGUUUUUGUGACAUUCAAAUCCAAAUUAUCUAAUUUUUUUUGUAGAUUUUAGGUAGUAAUCAGUCUAGACAUUCAGCUAAAUUGGUUUUCCAAAAUUAAUCGUGUAAUUGUGAUAUCGCGUGACAUAUUAUUAAUAUUUGGUAACACAAAUUAUACCGCCACUUGAUGUUACUG